CUCUGCCCGCCCGUGGCCCGGGCUCACGGCUGGGCGGUUUCCUGCGACAGCGCGCGGCUCGGCGUCUCUGCGGCCGGGGAGUGUUGGUCCGGCCCUUCGGCCCGCAGCAGAGUUGCCGGAGAAAACAAGGACGCUAAGUUACGCUUGAAUCUCAGAUAAAGGAAUAACUUUUAGUAUAAGCAUGUCCGAGAUAGUGCAUGAGACAUACUCAUACCAAAAAAUCAUUCGUUCCUUGUUUGAAAUUCUAAUGUAACUGGGCGUUCUGCGUUUUUAGUUGCUAAAUCUGGCAGCCACACCUGCGGCCCAGGGCGGGUAGGGGACAGCGAGGGCCGUCGCGGUGCUGCCUGUGUCCCGGAGGCCUAUGAAGUGGAGUGGGGGACUGGGCGGCCGGGCGGUGACCUGCGCUCACUGGGCUUCGGACUGGUUGGACUGGACUCCUAUGCUGUCGUUGCUCUUACUGAGGAUAAAACACUAGGAGCUGGAGUGCUUUGUUCUUAUAUCACAUUCUGGUGACGGGGAGCUUGCUGGCCAUCAGCGGAGGGAUGGGAAACAGAAGCACAAGAAGGAAGAUGUUACCAAGUACUUCAGUGAAUUCCUCAAUGCAUGGGAAUGGAGUCUUGAAUUCCAGGGAUGCGGCCAGACACACGGCUGGAGCAAAACGGUACAAAUACCUGAGAAGGCUUUUUCGUUUCCGGCAGAUGGACUUUGAGUUUGCGGCUUGGCAGAUGCUCUACCUGUUCACUUCCCCACAGAGGGUUUAUAGAAACUUUCAUUACCGAAAGCAGACAAAGGACCAGUGGGCCAGAGAUGACCCUGCGUUCUUGGUCCUAUUAAGUAUCUGGCUCUGUGUGUCCACUAUAGGAUUUGGCUUUGUGCUGGACAUGGGAUUUUUUGAGACAAUAAAGCUGCUCCUUUGGGUUGUAUUCAUAGAUUGUGUAGGUGUUGGUCUUCUGAUAUCAACUUUAAUGUGGUUCAUCUCUAACAAGUACUUAGUGAAACGGCAGAGCAGAGACUAUGAUGUGGAGUGGGGCUACGCCUUUGAUGUGCAUCUGAAUGCUUUUUAUCCACUCCUAGUCAUUUUGCAUUUUAUUCAGCUUUUUUUCAUUAACCAUGUUAUCCUAACAGAUACAUUUAUUGGAUAUUUGGUUGGAAAUACCUUAUGGCUGAUUGCAGUUGGCUAUUACAUCUAUGUAACCUUCCUAGGAUACAGUGCACUGCCAUUUUUGAAAAAUACAGUAAUUCUUCUCUAUCCAUUCGCACCUCUCAUCCUACUCUACGGGCUGUCACUAGCACUGGGAUGGAACUUUACCCGUGCUCUGUGUUCUUUCUACAAGUACAGGGUGAAAUGAAAAAGCAUAUCCAGUCUUUACUGUGUCAACAGUAUUGAUGAAGUGAUUUCUUGUAAAACUUGUAAAUAAAUUCUUUGUAGAUAUCUUAAAGGUGUAAAGUUUGCAAAUUUGAAGAAAUAUAUGUUAACACUAUUGCCAAGUACAUUCCCUGAAACUAAUUAAAUGUAAAUUUCUAUAAUAAAUAUUUUUUAAACUAAA